AUUUCGACAAAGCCGCUUUGGUCUAUCGCGGAAGCUAGCCGUUGCGGUGAUAAAAAAAUUAACGUGCGCAAGUCUCAUAUCGAAGACAAUCAGGUAGUUUGAAUUUUAAAGCUUGACGGAUAACCCGUGAGACCUUGCACAUACGCUCAAUGUAGCUUGAACAUCGCGGUAAGCAUCGUCGCUUGAAAACGUUUUACGGUGCGUCUGAUUUUCAUUUGAUAAUAUGAGCAAAAUCACUGUCUUUAUUUUGGUGACGUGUGCGCUGUCGUUAAUUUAAUGAGACCGUGUAAAGCUUUUCCUGUUGCUGGUUCUGUUCCCCUUAGCGAUGACAAAAAUCAUCGAAUCUAUCAACUUCCAGAUAAACCGAAAGAUCCUUCACUAGAAGAUAGUCAAAAAAAGUUCAGGUGAAUAUUACUGUAUAUCGAUUAUACAUAAUAAAAUGUAUGAAAUCUAGAUUGAAAUCCUAUUGCUGUUCUUAACAUUAUUUUACUUUGUGAUAACAGUAUUAAUAUUGAAAGAUUGUCCGACUCAGCUGGAGCUCACAAUCGAUUCAGAAGCAGUAAGUUUUGGUAGAAAGUAUUUUCAGAUGUCCUGAGGGUCUAGAAUAUAAAUUUGAUGCAUACCGUUUAGUUGAGUAAUGUGUAUUUAUAAAAUAUAACUAAAGAAAUUACAUAAUAUGUUUUUCUAUUGAUUUUUCAAUAAAAACAUUACACGCUCACAAUGUCUACCACAUGUUUUACCCAUAAGUCUCAAUAUCAUUCCGAUGUAGGAGAUGAUUAGACGAUAAAAAUACCUACAAGUCAUAUUUAUUUUUAAAACUCACAUUGACUGCGCACCUUGCCAUGUUUGUGUAAUCAGUUAGUUUGUAAUAAACCAGCUAUUUGCAUUUCAAAGUUGGAUAAACAACUCGCGAGACUAACGGAAGGCUCAGUACAACUCGAACUUCGAUGUUAUAAGCAUCAUCGUUUAGGAAAGAUUUACGGUGUGUCUAAUAAUUCUUCAAUAUGAGUAAAAUUAUUGUCUUGAUUUUGGCGAUGUGUGCGCUGUCGUUAUUUUACAUAGCGAGUCCGUGCGAAGCUAGUCCAGUUGAUGGUGAUAUUUCCGUAAGCGAUGAAAAGAGUCCUCAAUCUGAUCAUAUUCUGGACGAACCCAAAGAUUCUGCGCUAGAUAAUAAUGGAACGUCCAGUGAUAUGGGAAAUAGCACUGAAAAUGGAAGAGCUUUAUUCGAUUUUCCAGAGGAAGGGAGAGAAGUAAUAGUAGGCGAUAGAAGAUGUCCUGAUGGCCAAUCGUACCAAUUUGGUUCAUGUCGCGAAGAUGAAUAGUCUGCUGUAUGUUUUUCAUGUACAUUGUGUUUUUCAAUUGAUUCCAAUAAAAAGUUUACAUAGAUCAAAAUGUC